CCGGAAUCUGUGUGAAAUGUUGUUGGUCAGACACUGUAGUGUGUAACGCCAUCGGUCCCAUCUUGGCUACAUUGUAAUCAGAACGUAGAGGGAAGAGGACCCGUCCAUAUUCCUGCUGCUGUUUCAGCGGUUUCCAUGGUGAUGGACCCUCCGGGCGGGCGAGAAGAGCGUCGCUCGUCUCAGGCGGAGCGUCUGCGGCGGGAGGAGGCCUACUACCACUUCAUCAACGAGCUGAGCGAGGAGGAGUACCGCCUCAUGAGGGACAGCAACCUGCUGGGCACGCCGGGUGAGGUGACAGCGGAGGAACUGCGUCAGAGGCUGGACGGGGCCAAGGAGAGGGUGUCGUCCCAGCCCCGCCCAGAGACACGCCCCCAGGGCACCGAAGGAGGAGAGGAACAAGGAGGCAGCGGCGCUCCGGAGUCGGGCUCGGAGACGUCCAACGGCGACUCGCUGCUGGAGUGGCUGAACACGUUCCGGCGCACGGGCAACGCCACGCGCAGCGGCCAGAGCGGCAACCAGACGUGGCGCGCGGUGAGCCGCACCAACCCCAACAGCGGCGAGUUCCGCUUCAGCCUGGAGAUCAACAUCAACCACGAGCAGCCCGACACCGUGGGGACAGCGGCGCCCACAGGAGCCGGAGCAGGGACCGGGGCGGGGGCUGGAGCCGGUACCGGUGCCGACUCACAUGCGGAGGCUGAGGAGAUACCCCUGCCUGCUACCGUACACCCCCCUGCCCCCUCUCCUCCUCUACCCCCCACUCCUCCUCCUCCUCCUCCUCCUCCCCCACCUCUGUCCUCCGCCCCCUCCAUACGCACCACCACCACCUCCACCACCAGUAGCUCCUACAGCACCAGACCCGCCCCCUACACCACCCACCGGCCCUCCUCCACCUUCUCCCACCACGCCUCCCCCCCUCCCCCCUCUUCCUCCUCCUCCUCCUCCUCCUCCUCUUCUAGGCCAGCGCUGGGUCGCCGCUCCCAGGCCCGACGCACGCGCAACAGCAGCGCGGCCUCCAUGACGGCCUCCCCUCCCCUGCCCAAUCCCCCGCCCCCUCUACCCGUCCCCCUGGCCCCUCUGAGGCGGAGCAUCGCCGCCACUCAGCCCCCCAGGGCGCCGCCUCCUCUUGCCCCCGCUCCUCCACCUCCACCCCCACCCCCUGCCUCCCCGGCCCCCACCUCCACCUCCACCCUCAACCCCAGCUCACCCCCGGGUCCUGACAGUGGAGCAGGGGGACCCAGGCAGCCUCCAGCCCCAGCAUCCAGCCCCUCCACUGGGGAGCAGCAGCAGCAGCAGCAGCCGGGGGAGGAGACCGUGGAGGCUGCUGCUCCUCCAGACCUCUCCUCCUCCUCCUCCUCCUCCUGUGCACCGGCUCAGGAGUCCCUCCAGGGGGCGACAGCGGGCCGAGAGGCGCGCAGCAGCAGGACUCGAUCGCGUGGGCGUGUGCGGAGGUCCCUCGCAGGAAGUGGGGGUAGUAGCGGAGGAGGAGGAGGAGGAGGAGGAGGAGGAGGAGGAGGAGGAGGAGGAGGAGGUGCUAGUGGGGGACUUUCCUCUCGCUCCUCCCGCAGGAGUCGCUCCCCUCUGCACCGGAGUCCCGCCCCCCUCUCCGUCUCCGUCUCUCCCCCUGUAACCGUGACGACCGCCUCCGCCCCUAGUGCCACCGCCGGCGGCGCCGCUACAGCUGAUUCGCCAGAGCUCAGCAGCACUACCGCCACCGUCUCCAUGGAAACCGGUGAAGCGGCGUCCAGCGAGUCGACCACCACCGGCGCGUCCCAGGAGGGUUCCGCAGCAGCAGCCAACGACACCAACGAGGAAGAGGGAGAGGCCCCGGGCGGAGGGGGCACGGGGGCCGCGGCGGGCGCCGGAUCAGGUGGGACUAGCGGCGGUGGUACCGGUGGCUCCGGCGUGCGGCGCCACCCCACCAUCAUGCUGGACCUGCAGGUGCGCCGGAUCCGGCCCGGAGAGAACCGGGACCGGGACAGCAUCGCCAGCCGCACGCGCUCGCGGGCCCGCGCCGCCGAGAACACCGUCACCUUCGAGAGCGACAGCGGCGGCUUCCGGCGCACCAUCUCGCGCUCGGAGCGUGCCGGCAUCCGCACGUACGUCAGCACCAUCCGCAUCCCGCUGCGGCGCAUCAGCGAGACGGGCCUGGGCGAGCCGAGCUCCACCGCGCUCCGCUCCAUCCUGCGUCAGAUCAUGACCGGCUUCGGGGAGCUCAGCUCGCUCAUGGAGACCGAGGCCAACUCCGAGACGCGCGCCGCCGGGGGCGGGACCACCGCAGGAGGAGGAAUUGCAGGAGGAGUAGGAGCCGCGGGUGGAGCCCAGGAUGGAAGCAUCAUCGCCGGGGGGGGCAACGAGGGCUCGGGCGCUGGGAGCCAGGGCAACGGAGGAGGUCUGGGCUCCGGUGCGUCGGAGCUGGAGCGCGGUGGGCAGGGUAGUGUUGUGGGGGGGGAUGGGGAGGUGCUGUCUGGGGGCGGAGCAGGGGGGCAGGGGAGGGUGUCCGGAGGGGGUACCGGUGGAGGGGGGGUGGGGUCUGUGGGCGGUCUUGGCACCGGUGUUGGGGUGGGAGGUGGCGGCGGUGGUACCGGUACCGGUACGGAGAGCUCUCGGCCCGCCAGCAGGGACACCAAUAACCUGGUGGAGAACGGGACCCUCCCCAUCCUGCGGCUCGCACACUUCUUCCUGCUCAACGACGAGGAGGACGAGGAGCACCCGCGGGGCCUCACCAAAGAGCAGAUAGACAACCUGGGCACGCGCACCUACGGCCAGCCGCCCCCCGCCCCGGGGGCCCUGGACGCCGAGCUGGAGCACGAGGCCGGCCGCAACGCCACCGCCAACGCCAACACCGCCGCCGCCUGCUCCGUCUGCAUCAACGAGUACGCCCAGGGCAACAAGCUGCGGCGCCUGCCCUGCCAGCACGAGUUCCACAUCCACUGCAUCGACCGCUGGCUCUCGGAGAACAACACCUGUCCCAUAUGCAGGCAGCCUGUACUGGCCGGCCACCACGACUGACCUGCAGGCAGCCGCCACGACUAGCCUGGGUUAGGGCCUAUAGGCAGCCGCCACGACUAGCCUGGCCUGGCCUGGCCUGGGUUAGGGCCUGCAGGCAGCCACCACGACUAGCCUGACCUAGCCUGGCCUGGGUUAGGGCCUGCAGGCAGCCACCACGACUAGCCUGACCUGGCCUGGCCUGGGUUAGGGCCUAUAGGCUACUAAGAAGCUGGUACAGGAGUAAACCAGGUUAAGCUCAGAGGUAAAUCAUCUAAUUGACCCCUUUGGUAGUUACGUCUUUACUGACUGUGCACACAUUGCUGCCUCAAACACACACUCACAAACAGACAGUGCAGACUUCGAAGAGAGAAGACAUGCCGUCCUGAAGUGUGUACGGCUGUAAAAAAUAAAAUAGAGCUCCUAAAAAGUGCAGGUCGCGUUGUGCUAUUCCGAGAGGGGAUGAGCUGUUCCACAGGAGAUGUUUGUGGUUACUUGUAAGCAAUUAGCACUGGACUGAGGAUAUCAUCGGGAAUGCCUGUGUUUGUGGCGCCCACUUCAUAUCUGAAGUUACCGUGAGUGACCAUCCAUUUUCUUAUCUCGGAAAUAGCACCUGGCCAGUGGUAAAGGGUGGAUUCUGCUCCAACAAUGCGCACGCAGCCCGAUGACGUCACAUCUGUGUACAAACAGUAAAGGGGUCUCUGGAAGAGUCUGGAGUCCUCGUGUUCUUAAAGGCGUAUGCCACUAUUUUGGGGCUUAAUACGGUUAAAAUCGUUGGCUGGGGUUUAUAAAGGUGGUAAAGUGUCUUAUUUUUCAUGUUAAGCGUUGUCUUGCUUUAAGACAAGUUAAAAGAGGGAGUAUGUCGCUAAGCUAGUGAAAGUCAAUGGAUCCGUGUAGCACAUGAACAAGACAACUGCUUACAUAAAAAAUAAGACACUUUACCACCUAUAUAAACCCCAGGCAACGAU